AUGAUAGUGGAGAUUGGUUGUGGUGGUGAUGCUAGUGGUUGUGGUGGUGGAAACUACGGUGAAGACGGAGGAAGUGAUGGACAACCUGUUAAACAGCAGAAGAAGAAAGUGGAUUACAUUAGUGAGUUACCGGAUUGCAUCCUGUCUGUCAUUCUUUCAAUGGUAUCUAUGAAAGAUUUGAUUAACACCAGCGUGCUCUCAAAAAGGUGGUGCAACCUCUGGCAUUCCAUUAGAGAUCUCAAAUUUGAUGUGCACAAUGUGCUCGUCAGUCAUCAUGAGGAAUUACUGAAAAUGGGAUAUGUUGUUGAUGAGGAUGUGCAGAAAUAUAUUGGUUUAGUAAAAGGAAUAGCACUGGAAUUGGGAUGUAGGGGCGAAUUCGUAAAACGAGUAGACCAAUUUGUCAAGAACUUUAAAGGAACGGUGAUUGAUUCUUUCAUGGUGGAGUUCAUCUUAAACCAGGAACAUAGUAACAACAUUGAUAACUGGAUCAGGUUUGCGAUUGCAAGAGGAGUUGAAAGAAUCGAUCUGCUCUUUCGAUAUUCUCUGCAACAUAAGGACGCAUGUUACAAGUUUCCAUUUGGAUUAUCUAUUGACUGUAACAAUAACUCCUCAACACUCAAGCAUAUGCAUCUGGAAUUUUGUCUUGUUUAUCAGCCAACAACAAGCUUUGACAUUUUCCCAUUUACAAAUUUGAGAUCUCUUGUGCUUGAGUUUUCACAGGUGGAUGUAAUAUUGCUUGAAACUCUACUAUCUAAUUGUCUUCUACUUGAAGAGCUCAGCUUACGUCGGUGUGAUUUAAGUUUGCCAACCUUGAAAAUAGUAAGUUCAUCAUUAUGCUAUUUCAAGCUUGAUUGCUGCCAUGACAAUAAGUAUGGGGGUUUAAAAUUCAUUUCCUUGGAUUGCCCAAAACUCACAGCCUUCAAUUACAUGCAUUCACUUUGUUCAGAUAGGAUGUCAAUGAAUACUCCUAUUUUGAAGACCAUUCACUAUUGUUGUUGCCUUGAGUCUAAGGUAAUACAUAACGUAUUUGCCAUCUUCGCCACUGUUCCUCAGCUUGAGACUCUGAAGUUAGAUAUCAUUAACAACUCUUUUAAUAUCAAUGAUGAGGUACUACAAAGUAUUCAAACAAUGGAAACACUCAGAGAAUUAAACUUAAGUGUUAAUGCGGAACAUGACUUUGAUAUUUGGUGGAUUUUAGCCAUCCUUCAAGCUUCUCCAUUUUUGCAAAAACUUACUGUCAUGAUAACAGAUGCAGAGUUUUAUGCAAACCAAAGAGAAAUUCGAGAUCUUGUAAUGUUCUCUCACAACGAGAUCAAAGUUAUUGAAAUAGGAGGUUGUGUGGGAAACUGGUAUGAAAUUGAGUUCGCGAUGACUGCUUUAAAAUAUAUGCACAAACUUGAGCGAAUAGUUUUGAGUCCCCAUUGGAUAGAUGAACGUUUUGGAAUUAAUAUUUGCGGCUGGUACUGCGAUCCAACAUGGUCUCUGAAUGGACGUAAAAUAAUUCUGGAAAAGCUUGGAGCCGAAGAGAUUGAAGUAGAUAAACUUGUCCUCAAAUGA